UUUUCCAGAUCAAGAUGAAGGUGAAGGAGGUAGAUAGAACAGCGAAUAUAGCCUGGUCCCCAGCUCCCCAGGUUCCGAUCUAUCUGGCUGCAGGAACAGCAGCUCAGCAGUUAGAUGCAACCUUUAGCACCAGUAGCAACCUAGAGAUUUAUUCAUUGAACCUUGCAGAAACAGGACAUGAUCUACCAUGUGUUGCUAGUUUACCUGUGGACCAGAGGUUUCAUAAACUGGUUUGGGGCUCCUCUGGUAUGCAGGACGAUAAGAUGCCGAAUGGAUUACUGGUUGGUGGUUCCGACCGCGGAGUUAUCAGUAUGUACGAUGUUCAUAAACUUAUAAAGGGAGAGAAAAGUUUAGUGUUUAGCGAGGAUAAGCAUACAGGACCCGUGGCGGCCUUGGACUUUAAUCCUUUCCAGCAGAAUCUACUGGCAUCAGGUGGAUCUGAGUCUGAGAUCUAUAUCUGGGAUGUAAAUAAAUCCCAAGCUCCGAUGACUCCUGGACCUAAAUCCCAACCCCUGGAUGAUGUGAGAUGUAUUGCGUGGAACAGACAAGAAGCUAAUAUCCCCCCUCCCUUUCAAAGUCAUCGUCAACUGUGUCUAGUUUGGGAUUUACGUAAGAAUGAUCCGAUCAUUAAAGUCUCGGAUUCAACUUCAAGGAUGAGAUGCAAGGUUGUUGCCUGGCAUCCUGAUGUAGCAACCCAGCUCUGUUUGGCCUCAGAGGAUGACCAUACCCCCGUCAUACAGAUUUGGGACCUAAGGGCAGCCUCAAGUCCUCUGAAGACCCUAGAAGGACACACUAAGGGUAUCCUAAGCUUGGCGUGGUGUAAAGAUGACUCAGACCUCCUGCUGUCCUGUGGGAAGGAUAAUAGGAUCAUUGUCUGGAACCCAAACAGUGCACAGGGUGAUAUUGUAGCAGAACUACCGACUACAAACCAAUGGAGUUUCGAUGUAUCCUGGUGUCCAAGGAAUCCUGCUAUUAUUGCGAGUGCAAGUUUUGACGGUCACGUUAGCGUGUAUAGCAUGAUGGGAGGACAGCAGCAGGUUCAGCCGACAAAUCAGAUAACAGAAAGUUUCGGACCUGGUAUGGAAAAUAUGCAACAAGCUGCUCCGAAGGUGACCAUGCAGCUAAAAAGCCCUCCAAAAUGGUUGCGUCGACCAUGUGGUGCAUCAUUCGGAUUUGGCGGGAAACUUGUUUCUUUUGAGAACAUCAGUCAAACACUGACCAACAAUCAGGGACAACCUGUCGCACAGCAUAAACCCCAGGUGUAUAUUAGCAGAGUUGUAACUGAAUCUGAGUUGGUUGCAAGAUCUGAGAAACUAGAAACUAGUUUGGACUCGGGAAAUCAUGCAGAAUUCUGUGCAAAUAAAUCUGCAAGCGUUGAGGGUGAGGAGGGGAAAGUUUGGCAAUUUAUUGGCGCAUCAUUCAGCACAGAUCCAGCAGCUGAAUAUCUUAAUCUACUUGGACUAAAUCUAGAACAGGUAAAGGAUAAACUAGAGAAAUAUGUGAAACCAGCAAAUAUGGUGAAGAAAACUGUCAACGGGGUGGCUGCUGACAUAUCAUGUAUGGGAAUUAACCAGACUGAAGAUGAAUUUGAUGUAAUUGCUGACAAUGUUGCUGAAACAGAAAUAGUUCCAACCUCUUUAGACAUUGGGUUCAGUUUGGAUAUUAGCUCAGGAGCUGAACCAGCUCAGCUCAGUUUAGCGCUCCUCACUGGAAAUAUAGAGCUAGCCGUAGAUCUGUGCGUGCAGCAGGCGCGCUGGGGAGAUGCUCUUAUUCUAGCCGCUCAGGUUGGAGGGGAGCUGCUGACGAAAACGCAAGCUCUGUAUUUCCAACGAGAGAAUGCCGGGGGAGGUUCUGCUGCUCUAGUUGAAGCUGUGGUUAUGAACGCUUGGGAGAGGUUGGUUGAGAAUGCAGAACUCGCUUCCUGGAAGGAAGUACUCUGUGCUGUUGUUGUGUACUGCACUAUGGAAAGACGUCUGCUCCUGGCCGGGAAACUAGCUGCACGGCUUGCUGAAGGCGGGAUUAAGUACAAGACUGCCAGUACACUAGCGUACAUUGUUGCCGCUGAUCUGGAACAUGUACUGGAUAUGUGGAUUAAAGAAUCAGCUACGCCACAGCAGCUACAGGAUAUGGUUGAGGUUGUUGUUAUGUUGAGAGCUGCCAUCAUUAACCAAGGAAUCUCAGCAGAUCUUGGAGCAGAUAGUAGGCUGGCCGGAAACCUGGCCAGCUAUGCAACCCUGCUGGCUAGCCAGGGUUGCUUGUCCUCUGCUCUGGUAUACCUGGGGAACACAGGGUCCAACCCUCAGCUCCAGGAACUCAAGGAGAGGUUGGAUAAUGCCUUGGCUGGUCAUGGUACAGGAGCCGCUGUUCAGCAGAACAGAUCUAGUACAGGACCCGGAGUUCAGCAGACCAGACCUGGAUAUCCAGGACACGGUUCUCAACCUGGUUCUGUUCCAGGUUCAAGGCGUCAAUCUCAUCAGCCUGUGGAGAAGAAAAUAAGUGAUCCUUGGUCCCAAUCUUCUCAAUUUAAUACUGGGCUUCCAAAUCAGUUUAACCAGGGAUUUAACCAGCCAGCCAAUUCUUUUAAUCCUCCAGCCCAAGCAUUCAAUGCUCCAGCCCAAACUUUCAACCCACCCGCUGCACCUUCGUACAGCAACCCUCCAGCUAACUUCGCUAGCUCCGGCUCCUAUGCUGAACCAGCUGCUGUUCCGACCUUCCAACCCCCGCCUAUGGAAGCUGUAACUCCUGUCAGCAUUGGGAACCCGCUGCUGAAGCGCACUAGGGCUGUUGAUCCGUCCAUCUCAUCACCUGGUCAGGGAGGAAACUAUGGAAACAACUUCAACAACUACAACCAAGUAUACAGUGGACAAGGAGACUAUUCCAACCAAGGAGGAACAGGAGGAGGUUAUGGAUCCCCAACUUCAUAUCAACCUAACUCCUUCCAACCUGCUCCUACUUCCUUCCAACCUGCUCCUUCCACCUUUCAACCACAACCCUCUACAUAUGGGAGUCAGCCUGCAGGACAGCCGAAUAUAUUCACUCCUGAUCCUGUAAAUAACUCUAUUAUUCCAGGUGGGGGUGUGGCUAGAUCUAGAACUACUAGUGUAUCUAGUACAGGUGGGGGAGGAGCACUACCACCUCCAAACUUUGUGCAUACCCCUGAUCAUGGAGGACCUGGCUACCAACCUACAGUUUCUAGUGGAGCAGGUAGUUCAUCAUUCAUUUGUUUUCUACCUUUUUCUAGAGGCAUGUCCGAUUCACGACGGUACACUUUUAAACUUUUGUCCGGUUCUAAAAUGUUUUUUAAAGGGGAUAAAGGCAAAAAAGUCUUUCUGGUUAUACAACUCCAACCUAUACCCCAGGAGCAUAAAGCAGUUCAGGAAGUGCUUGAUAUCUUGCUAAACCGAUGUAUUCAGGCAGCUAAUCAUCCUCAAACCAGGAGGAAACUUGAAGAUGUGCAUUCUAAACUAAACAUACUGUACAACAAGCUUAGGGGAGGAGUACUGAGUGGAGGAACGUUGCAGGGUCUUCAUCAGAUCAUUCAGUUUAUCAGACAAUAUGAUUAUCAGUCUUGUUUACAGGUAGUAAUAUAUUCAGUUUGUUAGAUAAUAUGAUUAUCA